AACAAGAAGCAGGAUCCAGGCAACAUGGCCGACCUGGGCAAGAAGUACUGCGUGAACUGCCUGGCAGACGUCACCAACCUGCGGCUCCGCUGCACCGACUGCCCGGACAUCGAGCUGUGUCCGGAGUGCUUCUCGGCGGGGGCGGAGAUCGGGAACCACCGGAGAUGGCACGGCUACCAGCAGGUCGACGGCGGCCGCUUCUCCCUCUGGGGUCCCGAGGCAGAGGGAGGAUGGACCAGCAGGGAAGAGCAGUCGCUCCUCGAUGCCAUCGAGCAGUACGGCUUUGGAAACUGGGAGGACAUGGCCGCUCACGUUGGAGCAUCACGUACUCCUCAGGAAGUCAUGGAACACUAUGUCACCAUGUACAUCCACGGAAACCUGGGUAAGGCCUGCAUCCCGGACAACAUUCCCAACCGAGUCACCGACCACACCUGCCCCAGUGGGGGUCCCCUGUCGCCCAGCCUGACCACCCCUCUCCCCCCACUGGAUAUCACCCUGGCUGAGCAGCAGCAGCUGGGCUACAUGCCGCUGCGGGACGAUUAUGAGAUUGAAUACGACCAGGACGCAGAGAAGCUCAUCAGCGGCCUCUCUGUGAACUACGACGACGAGGAUGUGGAGAUUGAGAUGAAACGCACCCACGUGGACAUGUAUGUGCGGAAGCUCAAAGAACGACAGAGACGUAAGAACAUUGCCCGAGACUACAACCUGGUUCCUGUGUUCCUUGGCCGAGACAAGAAAGACAAGGAGAAGGAGAAACCAGGAGCCCAGGGAGUCGUGGGCCCUGCUGCUGGUGUGGGCGGGGUGGGAGCUGGCGCAAUUGGAUCAGGUUCGGCAACAGCGGCAGGAUCAGGCUCGGUUCCAAGUACACCCAAAAGAAAGAUCACCAAGGAAGAGAAGGACCAGCGAGUGAGGCUGCGGGGGCUUUGCCAGUUCAUGGCCCAUCGGGAGUUUGAAGACUUCUUUGAGAACAUGCAUAAAGAGCGCGGGCUGAGGGCCAAGGUGCGUGAGCUGCAGCGCUACCGUCGAAAUGGCAUCACCCGCCUGGAGGAGUCGGCCGAGUAUGAGGCCGCACGCCACAAACGGGAGAAACGCAAAGAGAACAAAAGUGUGGUCACCUCCAAACGGGGCAGCGGAGGAGGCGGCGGGCUUGGCUCGGGGAUGGGACUCGGGGGUGGAGCCGGAGGGGGAGGGGGCAUUGCUGGAGGGUUAGGGGUAGGAGGCGGGAUCAAAGAAGAAGGUAAAGAUGGCGAGUUUUCUGCCAUCGAGAAUCUGACAGGCUUUGAGCUGCUGUCGGACAGAGAGAAGGUGCUGUGCAACUCUCUCAACCUCAGUCCAGCUCGCUACCUGACUGUCAAAACCAUCAUCAUCAAAGAUCACCUGCAGAAACGGCAAGGCAUCCCCGCCAAGAGCCGGCUGCCCAGCUACCUGGACAAAGUCCUCAAGAAGCGCAUUCUCACCUUCCUCACAGAAAGCGGCUGGAUAUCCCGAGACGCCUCCUAGCAUACUGCUUUGGCCAGGAAGCUGACAGCUGAUUGGCUAGACAAAACUACUGGGGUUCACCAUUUUUUGUAUUCAAAGGUGACUUUGUGAAUAUGUACAUUACAAAGAAGGAGGAUGCUGAGAAAAACACUUAUUUUCAUACCAAGGCUGGGAAGAAAAAUAAGCCUUUAUUUUUGCAUUUGGAAAGGGACGGGUUGAAUAUGAAUCUGUGGGUUCACACUAGGUUUGUGUCGAUAUUGUUGUUCCACGAUGAUAUUGACACUGCUUACAAAUAUUAUGUAGUAGUGGAGAUAUUGAAGUGUUAUUGCAACAGCUACAUUGAAGAUGCCUAUGGAGACAUUUAAAAUCCAAUAUUACAUUUGCUGGAAGUGGAGAAUUUCACACCUCAUUUAAAUUAAUCGCCAUUGUGGUUUUUGGUCUCUGUCAACUUUGUUUUCUGUUUCAUAAGUUAAAGCUGUAUUCGGUAACUUUCCCGCAAUAAGUACAGUUUUCUGAUAGAUUUUCUCUGGAAUAGUUCAUUUUUUAGUCUCCUUUCUUUCAUUCUUACUGGCAACAAGGGAAGGAAAAGAAAAAGCAGAAUUUCCUUGGUUGUUUGUAUCAGGGUUAACAAAUGCAUUAGCGUGAAGCUAAAAAAACCUUAUCAAAGAUUUAUCAAGUAUCGGUAUGAGGGGCAGAGGGGGGGGUCAUACGUUGGCCAGUAAGAAACAAGAAGUGCCAAAGAUAUGUGAGGAGAUGAUGUGGAAGUCAGUGUUGCAUUUCACAGUCAGUUAAUCAGAGAGCGCUGUCAAAUUCAUUUUUUUCAAAACUCAUCAGUGCAAAUGGUUCCUGAUAAAAAAUAACUAAUUCAACAUAUGUUUGUAUUUAAAAAGAAACGAGAACAUCAGCUGAUAAAGUAAAAAAUUACACAAAUUCAUUAAUUAUUUAUUCAGAUGUUAUUGGUCAAAUCCAAUUUUGACCAAAACUUCAUGAUCCAUUUACUGCAGAAGAGCAUCAGGACCUGGCGUAAGAGGAAAAAUCCAUUUUGUGUUUUGAUAAAAGAAGUUACAUUUCAAGAUUAAAGUUGAACUUUAAGAAUACAUCAAAGGAUAUGCCUCUACGCAACACCUUACGUGAAUGCAUUGGCUUCUAAAUUAGUUUUAAUAACAAGGAAAUCAUUUUUCUUUCGGCCAUAAACUACACAAGCUUGGAAAGAUGGAACGUUGGCAGCUGCCAUAGACUGUAUAGACAUUUCAACUUUAAUUUCAACAUUUUGACAUUAUUCUCCAAAUGCCACAAAAAAAACAAUAUCAUCCUACUCAUUUUUCUUUUCUUAACCCUAGUGCUCUACCGUAUUUACUAAACGUGAGAAGCUGAUAAAAACAGUAUUUUUUCAGCCUCGAAAUGAAAAACAAAAUUUGCUCUCCCUCUGUUUCACUCUUGUCAAAAAUGCAUUGACAAGGGACAGAUCUGUGAACAUGGACUGAUUCAAAACAGCCCCUUUACUUACAAAAGAUCACAAUCUGAUCAGAAGAGCUUACAUUACAGAGGAAACAUUUCAGGGCGCAUUUUAAUACGAGGUGUGAAUAGGAGAAGUUGGAGCUGACCACUUGUGAUCAGAUCUCUCAGGAUGGAUGUACCAGGUGGUGAAGAGGCCUCACUGUCAUCAAAAGCCUGAUCGCAGUCCUCCACAAAACUAUCCAUCCAUCCACCAAUUACUAUAACUAACUUGAUAGCAUCAUUACAGCUCCAGCCCAACCCCUGCAACCCCAAGAGGAUGAGCAGUAUAAUGGAUGGAUAGCUUUAACACGAAAUGUGUAUUUAUCCGCCACGGGAAAUAGUCCUUUGAUCAUUUGCCCAAAAAAUUAUAUUGCGGGGAAAGAAAAACUACAGCUGUUUUAAGAAAAUGUCAAUUUGCACAAAUGAUCAAUGGUUUUUUAAGAAACGCUUUCGUUUUACUUGGUUUGUCUUUAUCUUUUUGGUUUCUCAUUGCAGUAGAACCACGCAGCUACAGUUUGUGAUCCACACUGAAGAUUGAGUAGAACAAGCUUCAUAGUGAUCAGCUCCAGCACAGGGAUACAUUUCACACUAGUGCAGCUGCAUAUUGUCCCAUUGCAAACAUGUUGUGUUUAGAUCCAUUUGUCGACUGUCACCGGUUGGUUGAAGAGGCCGAGCAUUGCAUUGUUAAAAUAAGACACAGUCAGUUUACAGUCUAUGUCUUAUUCUCCUGAAGCAACGUUAACAGCGACGGCAUUGAAGUGGCAGCUGAAGCUAUCUGAUCCUUGUCAUUCUGCGUGUGCCACCAAAUGUCCCAACGGUGGUGUUUUGGUGGAAAUGUCUCAAAGGCAAAUAUGGCGAUCGGAUUUUUGUUCCCAUUGGAGGGAAUGAUGUGUUUUGUACAGGUGGAGGGUGGGGAGGGAGUUGCUCACUUCAUGUCACCAACUGUAAAUACAUUUGUAAGAUAAGUUGAAAAAAAAAGAAAGUAUAAUUGCUGACCUGUGAAAUGUACAGUAUUUUUGUCAUGGAAUUUUUUUUUAUAGUUUUUUGUAAUUAAAAAAAAAAAUCGUCUGACAAAAGAAUAACUUUCUGAGGCUUUUGGUAUCGUGAUGGCGUUUGGCUUUUGAUCUGCCUUUGAUCAUGAUACCGGUCUGAUACUGUUGAGCUGUGUUAGUGUCCCGUCGCCUUGUUGUCGCACACGACGAGGAUUGUAUGGAGAUGUAUUAAA